GGAGAGGAAAUAGGGCGGGAGAGUCCAGGUCAACCCGGCCUGCACGCCGGGCGGUUGAAGAAACAAGCGGAAACGCCUCCGUUUUUCAAAACAAAGAGAAGAAGCGGGAGGCCUGCGCGGUCUGCGGGGCACUGACCUGGGCAGUUGCUCCGUCGGGCCCGGGCGCUUCAGCAUCUUUGGGUGGCGAUGGAGAGAGGCCUUGAGAGCUGCGGGCGCCCGGAGUCCAACGGCCUCCGGGCGCUUCCGAUCGCCUGGACCGUGAAGGAGCUGUGGAGCCGCGUGCUGGAGACCCUGAACCUGCUGUCCCCGCAGGAGCUGAGCAACUUCCGCAUCCUGCUCAAGUCGGUGGACGAGGAGACGCGCGUGACUCCCUGGCGGCUGGAGCUGGAGGGCAAGAGCAAGGAAGGGCUGGCCCGUCUCCUGGUCCAGCACUACUGCGAGCCUGCCGCCGCUUCGCGCGUCCUCAUCAAGGUGUUGCAGCAGCUCCGCCGCGCCGACCUGCUCCAGCGCUGGCAGGACGCCGCCGCCACCUACGACCAGGGGAUUCCAAGAAAGAUUCUAAAGAGAAGUUAUGAUUGUGUGGAUGGCGAACUGGACUGUUACGACCUGAGGGGCAAGCGGAAGGCUUUCGUCAUGUGCGUGGAGAAGAACAGACCAGGGGCUCACCGGGACAUCCAUCUAAUGGAGGAGUGGCUUGGCCAGUGCCAGUUUGAGCAUACACAGUGCAUCAAUCCUAACAAAAUGGAGUUAAUCAAGAAAAUAAGAUCAUUUCGUGAUGGACUCAAUGAAAGUAAAGAUGAUGUUGGCUGUUGCCUUGUUACCCUUAUGUCCCAUGGAGAGAAAGGCUCUAUUAAAAUGGAAGAUGGUGAAAAAGUCAGCCUGGAGGACAUUUUUGAAAUGUUCAAUAAUAAAAAUUGCCCAGCACUUCAGGAGAAACCAAAGAUCUUUAUCAUCCAGGCCUGCAGAGGAGAGAAAAGAGACUGUGGUGUUGAGACAGACGAUGCACCCAUGGAGUCUGAUGACAUAUCCGAGAAGCGGAGGCUGCCCACGUUCAGUGAUUAUUUCAUCAUCUAUCCCACCCAGGCGGAGACGGCAGGUUGGCAUCUUACUGCUCCUCUCUUCUGAGAAGGCACAAACCUCUGAGCAAAGUAUCACAUGGUAAAGGAUCAUUGGCUCUCCUAGGAAAAGAUCUUGGCCCAAAAGCUAGUUCUGCCACUUGCUGUAUUGGAGAACUUCAAUGUUUUUUAAUCUCCAGAUAUAUCAGUUUCUUCAUGUAAAACGGGAAUAAUGGAAUUUACUUGCGUCAUUCAGAUGUUAUAUAAAUUGAAUUAUAUAACUGCAGAUGUGCUUACCAUGAUAAUUGGCAUAAUAAUCCAAAAAAAGAAAUUAGCUACAAUUAUUACUAAUACAUGAUGCUAAUAAUAUAGUAUCACCAUUACUUCAUUACUAAUACUAUUAUUAAUAAUAAGGUAAGGUUCAGAGAAUCUUGUGUGUGAAAAGCCACCCCUUCACUUGAUUCACUUGUAGGAAAGACAAGAAUUAAGAGGUCAAGGACAUUUCUUUCGCUGGGCUGUUUGUUUGGGUUUUUUUAAGGUUCUGAAAAAAAUUUUUAAGUCCUCUCUACACCCAGCACGGGGCUUGAACUCACAACUCUGAGAUCGGGAGUCGUGUGCUCCACUAACUAAGCCAGCCAGGUGCCCCCCUUUAGCUGUUUUUAUCUUGACUUCUUUCAAAGAGGAUUAAGGCAGUUUACAAAAAUGUAUAUGGAAUUCAAGCUAAAUUUUAGUGGAGAAAUGUAAGCAAAGGAACAUAGGGCAACAACUUAAAAUGAAACAUACUUAGUGUUAAGAUGUGAAAAACACCCCCAUUAAAGUGAGAUGUAAGAUUUCACUCCUUGGUUAUUUACCCAAGAGAGAUGAAAGUGUGUGGCCUUCCAGAGACUGGCACACAAAUGUUCAUAGCAGCUUUAUUUGAAGUGGUCAGAGACUAGAAACAACCCAAAUGACCAUCAGCAAGUGAAUGAAUAAACACAUGGUGGUAUGCCAUACGUGGAAUACUGCUCAGCAAUAAAAAGAAAUGAGCUGCUGAUAUAAACUGACCACAGAAUUAUUAUGGAGCAGUUACAGGUCAGGGCAAGGAACGUCAUGUUCCAGUUUUAUUGACUGAGUGAGUUUUAUGACUGUGUACUGGGCUGUAUAUAUUUGAGGGCUAGAGAUUCAGUUUUAAACAGAAGAACUAAAAAUCUCUGCCUGCCCGGAACUUAUGUGCUAGUUGGAGACAGAGAGACAAACAUAGAGAAGCUACAUAUUGUGCUAUUUUAUGAUCCCAUUUGUAUAAAGGUCAAAAACAGGCAAAACUGAUCUGUGGUGUUAGAAGUCAGGCUAGUGCUUGCCUCCGGCAUGCAGUAUUUGGGGGGCAAGAAGGGGACUUUGGAGCACUGGCACCAUCUUGUUUCUUGAUGAGGGCAACAGUUACAGGGUGUGUUCAUUUUAUGAAAAUUUAUUGAGCUAUUUUAUACCCCUAAGUUUUGCACACUUUUCUGUGUGAUGGUUACCUUUCAAUGAAAUGUUUACCAAAAAUAAAGUAUGUUGCAUAGUGACCAUUGCCAUAGAGAAAAAUAAUGCAGGGACAAGGGACAUAGGAAGUGUCCAGGGGCAGGAGUAGAGAUUGCAGUUUUAUUUUGUUUAUUCUUUUUUUAAGAUUUUAUUUAUUUAUUUGACAGAGAGAGAGAGCACAAGCAGGGGGAGCGGCAGGGAAAGGGAGAAGCAGGCUCCCACUGAGCAGAGAGCCUGACGCGGGGCUCAAUUCCAGGACCCUGGGAUUAUGACACGAACCGAAGGCAGACUCCUAACUGAUUGAGCCACCCAGGUGUCCAAGAUUGCAGUUUAAAAAAAAAGAGAUGUGUAGAGAUGUCCCUACUGAGAAGCUGACUUUUGUGUAGACAGUUGGGGGACACGAGAGAGAGUGAGCUAUUCAGAUAUUUGAGAGAAUUUAUGUUGUAAGAGAAGAAUACUUCGUAUAUAGCAAUGACAAAAACUCUAUGUAUAGACCAAUAGACCACUGUGAUAGAAGAGAGAACCUAGAGGCAGAGCCAAAUAUGCAAGGAAACUAGACAUGUGACAAAGAAGCCAUUGCUGAUCAGUGUGGAAUGAAUGGGCCGUUCAGUAAAUAGUGCUGGGAAAACCAGCUUCUGUGUGGGAGAAAAAUAAAAAUUCAUUUUCAGAUUUCCUGGCCUAGGGUUUAUUGCCUCUUUAAUCGUGUGGAAUGUCUAGUUAGUCUAUAAUCUCCUUUUAUCUCUGAUAUUUAUGGCUUUCUUCUUUUACUCCUUAUAUCAGUCUUGCCAGUGGUUUAUUUAGUUAAGAACCUGUUUUUAGUCUUGUUAAUCCCCUCUAGUAUCUGGUUUUGAUUUCAUUAAUAUUGACUCUUAUUUCCCUUUUUCUUCAUUUUGGGGGCAUUUAUGCUGCUCUUCUUUUCCCAGCUAUUUCAGUUAGGUACUUGGCUCAUUAUUUUCUCUUUUUAAACAUAUAAGCAUUUUUAAAGCUAUAAUCCCCUCUGAGCACUGCUUUCACUGUAUCCUUCACAUUUUAACAUGGAACACUUUUAUCCUUCUGUUCCAAGAGUUCUUAAAUUUCCAUUGUUCUUAUAUGUGUUAGAAACAUGUCUCUAAAUUUCUGUGUUGGGAUUUUAAAAUUUGUCUUUUUGUUACUGACUUCUGGUUUAUUUGUGCGAGGAACUGAGAAGAAUAUGGACUACAGGACCGAUUUGAAAUCUGUUGAGACUUGGGUUAUGCCUUGGUCUUCAGUAAACUUUUUUUUUAUUUUGAAGAUUGAUUGAUUGAUUGAUUUUUUUAGAGAGAGUGUGAGCCCUG